CUAAGAACGGCAAUGGAAAAGAGUACUGCCUUGUUUGACAAGGAGAAAGCGCAGGAGAGGCUAGCAAAGCUAUCCGGUGGUGUAGCGGUUUUUAAGGUUGGAGGGGCUAGUGAGGCUGAAGUUGGGGAAAGGAAAGAUAGGGUAACAGAUGCUCUAAAUGCUACAAGGGCAGCUGUGGAAGAGGGUAUUGUGCCAGGUGGUGGUGUCGCUCUCUUGUAUGCGUCAAAAGCUUUAGAGAAUCUUCAGACUCAAAAUGGAGACCAGAAAAUAGGCGUACAAAUAAUCCAGAACGCUAUCAAGGCUCCCACAUUCACGAUAGCCACGAAUGCUGGUUUUGAUGGUGCAUUGGUUCUCGGAAAAUUGCUGGAACAGGACGAUUAUAACUUGGGCUAUGAUGCUGCUAAAG